UGCGCAUGCGUGUUGUCUUAAGAGAAAGUAACAGUAGUGGCUACAUUCCUCGGCUAAAGUUAGCCAACUAUUGAUUUUAAUGCUAAUGUUUGUCAGUUAGACUUAGCUACACGGACUCUACUCUUUGUUGACGAUGAAAUUUGUUUUUCUGGACGACUGGAAUAGUAAUUGAGUCACUAUUUCGACUUUAUUCGCGGUGGCUGAAAACUCCACUAACCGUCAGCCCUUUGUGUCGGCGUCAUUCCGCUACACUGAGAGUCGCUUGGUCAGCUGCGGGUAAUAAUGUGGUACAGUUGAGAAAUGAGUCGUACUUGAGCGCUCUCUAAAAGCAACUGUAUCCCGGCUGUGAGCCGCCCAUGAUGGGGAAACAGAGCCAGUAACCGCUGAGACUGUCGUGUUUGCCUCCAAGCAGCAAGAUCAACAUGAUGUCUAUGACUUUUGGGGUGUCAAGUAGCGUGACGCUGCUGUUUGACUUCUGGGAUGUACAUGGACCUGCAGGUAUGGUGCUGUCGGUGUUCGUGGUGUUGCUGCUGACGGUUUUCUAUGAGGUGCUCAAAGUUUGGAGGGUGUGGCUGAGCAGUUGCUCCAAGCUGGCUGAGCCACAGCCUCUGUGCGCCGUCCCUCCGUCCUACCGCACCGAUAGCAGCUCCGUGCUGGAAAGCAGCCCCUCUGAAUCCUCGCUGACCCCCAUGGAUUCACCAGCUCCCACUCCAAGCACCAGGAACAGCUGGUUGCUGCACGGUAUCCAGACGGUGCUCCACAUGCUGCAGGUGUCUCUGGGCUACAUGCUGAUGCUGUGCGUCAUGUCCUACAACACGUGGAUCUUCCUCGGGGUCAUCGUGGGCUCUGUGCUCGGUUAUUUCAUCUCUUUCCCUCUGCUGGGUCAGAUGUGACGGUAUGGACAGAGAUCAAAGACGGCUCGUUUUUGGUCUCUUGAGACGGAGGGAUCGCGUGUCCUGGAAUCUAAAUGGAAAACUACUUGAGGGACUAAUUUCUGUGUGUUGUUUUGCAGCUCUGAGUAGGCAACAGUUAGCAUUUGGGAAAAUGAUAACACUGUGGGAGCAUGAAAAGGCAAACUCCCUCUAUGCCACGCUAACGCACAGAACUCAUGUGGAUGUGGAAGCUGACUAUUUGAAAGACAAAAUCUUUCUCAUCGCCCGUCACCUGUUUCAGUCUUUGAUCUCUGAUUUCUCGGUUAUACAUUUCACACACUUUAACUACUUGACGCACAAAAUUUGAACAUUUGACCUCAACCAUAGGGAUGCAUAUUAUUUCUUUAUUAUUAUUAUUAGCUGGUUCUUCUGUGUUAAAGGGACAUCAUGCUCAGUUUAGGCAUAGCCUCAUUUCUGUAAUCAAGAACUCAAGCAAGCGCUUGUAAAAAUGCUUGUGAAAAAUGUUUAUAGCCUACGAGGGGAGGAAUGCUUGCUUUCAACUCUUGUCUUUUAUUUAUCCCAAAACAAUCUACAUUAAAGAGAUGAAAUGCAUUUGUAUCGUCCACAGUAGUAGUAGAUACAGUAAGUAGUCAUCCAUAGCUCUGGGAAUUUCCAAUUAUGAUUUUAUGUUUUUGUGGUCAACACUGACCGAUAUUGAUAGCUACUACACAGUUCACUGUAUUUUAGGAGUAAUGACACUACAGGUGAUUCAAAGAUGAGAUCUCUGACAAUGUUGAUAAAACGCAUCCAAUUUUCUGUGUUUUGCAGUGUUUUGGAGUGAAACCUAAAAGCAGAAUAGCACUUUAGAGAUUUACUGUCAGAGGUCAUAAGACAGUUUGAGGAACUGACUCAAUCAUAUGAUUUUGGCUUGUAAACUUCUGUGAUGUGUCAUCUAACCGACCAGUCAUUCUCACAUGCCUAUCAGGGGAAGGUAAAAGUCGGUCAUGUGGUUCUGUGUUAAUCAUUUACACACCACAAACCUGCAAAGAAAAACAUGUUUGAGUGCCUUGCAACUGAAAUUUCAUGUGUUUUCUGAGUAUUUUAAACUCUAUUUUUAACUGAUUCUGACUAUAAAAAAACAAUAUUCAAAUAUGUGUAAUUUUCUCAGUGAUGAUUUUCUGUCAAAUAAUAAAAAUCUUGAAAGAC